AUGUUCUGGAGUAGCGCCUCCAACCAGACAAUCGUCAGAGACGUGUUUGGUGGCAACCCAGUGAGUGGAAAUUCCCUGAUGUUUUGGAGUAGCGCCUGCAACCAGACAGUCCUCAGAGACCUGUUUGGAGGCAACCAAGUGAGUGGAGAUUCCCUGAUGUUUUGGAGUAGCGCCUCCAACCAGACAGUCCUCAGAGACCUGUUUGGAGGCAACCCAGUGAGUGGAGAUUCCCUGAUGUUUUGGAGAAGCGCCUCCAACCAGACAAUCGUCAGAGACGUGUUUGGAGGCAACCCAGUGAGUGGAGAUUCCCUGAUGUUUUGGAGAAGCGCCUCCAACCAGACAAUCGUCAGAGACGUGUUUGGAGGCAACCCGGUGAGUGGAGAUUCCCUGAUGUUUUGGAGUAGCGCUUCCAACCAGACAGUCCUCAGGGACGUGUUUGGAGGCAACCCAGUCAGUGGAGAUUCCCUGAUGUUUUGGAGUAGCGCCUCCAACCAGACAAUCGUCAGGGACGUGUUUGGAGGCAACCCAGUGAGUGGAGAUUCCCUGAUGUUUUGGAGUAGCGCCUCCAACCAGACAGUCCUCAGAGACCUGUUUGGAGGCAACCCAGUGAGUGGAGAUUCCCUGAUGUUUUGGAGUAGCCCCUCCAACCAGAUAAUCGUCAGAGACGUGUUUGGAGGCAACCCAGUGAGUGGAGAUUCCCUGACGUUUUGGAGUAGCGCCUCCAACCAGACAGUCCUCAGAGACCUGUUUGGAGGCAACCCAGUGAGUGGAGAUUCCCUGAUGUUUUGGAGUAGCGCCUCCAACCAGACAAUCGUCAGAGACGUGUUUGGAGGCAACCCAGUGAGUGGAGAUUCCCUGAUGUUUUGGAGUAGCUCCUCCAACCAGACAAUCGUCCGAGAUGUGUUUGGAGGCAACCCAGUGAGUGGAGAUUCCCUGAUGUUUUGCAGUAGCGCCUGCAACCAGACAGUCCUCAGAGACCUGUUUGGAGGCAACCCAGUGAUUGGAGAUUCCCUGAUGUAUUGGAGUAGCGUCUCCAACCAGGCAGUCGACAGAGACGUGUUUGGAGGCAACCCAGUGAGUGGAGAUUCGCUGAAGUUUUGGAGUAGCGCCUCCAACCAGACAAUCGUCCGAGACGUGUUUGGAGGCAACCCGGUGAGUGGAGAUUCCCUGAUGUUUUGGACUAGCGCCUCCAACCAGACAAUCGUCAGAGACGUGUUUGGAGGCAACCCGGUGAGUGGAGAUUCCCUGAUGUUUUGGAGUAGCGCCUCCAACCAGGCAAUCGUCCGAGACGUGUUUGGAGGCAACCCGGUGAGUGGAGAUUCCCUGAUAAUUUGGAGUAGCGCCUCCAACCAGACAAUCGUCAGAGACAUGUUUGGAGCCAACCCUGUGAGUGGAGAUUCCCUGAUGUAA